AUGGUGAUAACUUACUCUUCUUCCCCUACUACAUCCACAACAAUUUUUGACAUUGGAAAUUAUUCAACUAAGUUGUUGAAUAUUGAGCCACAAUCAUACAUUAAUUCUUCUUUUCCUCCUCCUCCUCCAAAGCCACUCUUGAUUUCUACUCCAUUACAAGGAGGAAAUUUUCCAGUAAUUUUAUUCCUUCAUGGUUACCUUCUUUACAAUUACUUUUACUCUCAGCUUAUCCAACAUAUCUCUUCUCAUGGCUUCAUUGUUGUUGCUCCUCAGUUGUAUUUGGUGGAAGGAGUAGAUACAACUAAGGAAAUAAAAUCUACUGCUGAAAUCACAAACUGGUUACCUGAAGGAUUACAUCAUUAUCUUCCCUCUCAAGUUGAGCCAAACUUGAAAAAGCUCGCGUUAGCUGGCCAUAGUCGCGGGGGGAAAGCUGCAUUUGGACUAGCUCUUGGUAAAGUUGCUAAUGUUACUACUAAUUUAAAUUUCUCAGCAUUGAUAGGCAUUGAUCCUGUUGAUGGUUUGGAUAAAGGAAUACAGACCACGCCACCCGUUCUCACAUACAUUCCUCAGUCUUUCAAUCUAGAUAUGGCGGUUUUGGUAAUUGGCUCGGGUCUAGGAGAAGUAAAAAGGAAUCCUCUGUUUCCUGCUUGUGCUCCGAAUGGAGUAAAUCAUCGCGAUUUCUACAAUGAAUGUUGUAGGCCAGUGUGUUAUGUUGUAGUAAAGGAUUAUGGACAUGUUGAUAUGCUAGACGAUGAGACGAAAGGAGUUAGAGGUAAGGCAACUUAUUGUUUGUGCAAGAAUGGUAAAUCUAGAGAGCCUAUGAGGAGAUUUGUUGGAGGAAUUGUGGUUGCUUUCUUGGAGGAUUAUUUGAAAGGGAAUUCAAGUGAUUUAAUGGCUAUUAAAGAUGGAUAUGUUACAUUACCUGUAGAGCUUCAAGAUAUUGAUUUUCGUGUGUAG